AAACAACUAUUGAAACACUCGAAGAUAUAUAUCCUAAAAUUGAUUAUAUUUUAAAGAAAAAUGCAAUUGCUACCCAAGUUCGUAGUAUUGUAUUAAAGAUUCCUAUUGAAAAAAUUCUGCCAAUAAUGAUAGCAAUGCUUCCUACGAAGGGUAAUAAAGGUGCUGAGCAAAUUGCACACUUAAUACGUCAAGUAAUUGAAAUGUCACAUAUAGCAAAUUUGAAUAUUUUAAGUUUUGGUGCUGAUGGUUAUAUUUUUGAUAUCGAUUGUGUAUCACUUCCACAUAAAAUAAUUGAAAAACUUCGCACAUGGCCUACUAUCGAAGACUUACAAGAAUGUACUAGAAUCACAUUUAAUGAAGCUGUAUUAUUAGCAAAACAUCUUCAUAUAUAUAAUUAUGAAGAAGAAUCUUCAAUUCCAGAAUUUACCAAAUGUAUAGAACAAAUAGCUGAUAUUGCAGAUAGUGAAAAUGAUGAAUUAAAUGAAUUUAUUGACACUUUCAAUAAUGAAACUAGCUCAAGCCGUUCAAUUAUAGUUAGAAAUGCAGCCUUAGAAGUAGCACGUAUAUUACCAAGCUCAUCAGAUAAUGAUCAAUUUCAUGAAGACGAAACUUUAAAUGAAGAUGAAAUUUUUAAUAAUGAAAUUUCUGAUGAAGAUGAAGAUAUGAUACAACAAUUAUCAUCAUUUAACAAAUUUUUUGAGAUUCAAUAUAUUGUUCAGCAUUCUCCUAUUCCUGUAUCUUUUUAUCCAUUUCAACAAUUUUUUAUAAAUGGCAUUUUAGAUGUUAAAAUUCUUUUACAAAUUUGCCAAAAUCAUGAUGCAUUUUCACCCAACAUGAAGUCUAACUUUAGUCAUUUACAUCAAAUUACAAUAGACAAAAAUAAUGAUAAGAUUAAUGAAAAUGUUGUUAAUAAACUUAUUACUAAGAUAAUAUCGGACAAUAUUGAUGAAAAUCAAAGAAAAAAACGUCGAGAUCGAAUUUUAUGUUUGGGAAAAGUUAUCACAAUGUAUGAAAAAUGUGGUGAACGACAUGCAUGGGUUGAAAAACUAGCAGGUUUUUUAGAUAAUUUAUCAUAUAUUUCUAUCAAAGUUUAUAUGCAAGUAACAAAUCGUGUUUUUUCAUGUGAAAAUUUAGUAGGAGGAAAUAUUACAAUUCAUAUUACUCCACGUAAA